ACAUGCUGAAAAAUAAAAUUCAAAGCAUAAGCGAUGGAGAGUACAAACACGUUGCGGUUGUGUGUACGUGUAUUUAAGUAUUCUCAAUGGGAGCAUUAUGAGAAAAGUGAGACCCGAUACCCUCCCUAUGUGGUACCCGAGACUCCAUACCCUGACACCGAGACCCGAGACUUGAGACUAUGAUUUUUUUAUUUUUUUUUGGAAUAUGAACAAUAAUAAAAACACAUUUUCAUAUGAAUAUUUCUUUGUUAUACAACAAUAUUUGUUGCACGUAAUAUGCGAAUAUGCAGCUGGCUUAACAAUGGUUUAUAGCUAUAUCACCAGGAACUACAAUGAAACUAGCAUCAAAAAAAAUAUUUUGUCUGCUCAAACAUGAAUAAUUGAAGUAGUAGUAGAUAGUUCUAAAUUCGUUAGAAUAUGUUUUUUUGUUCUCCUUUUGGUUUUCGAAACCACGAUUAAAUUUUGUAUAUUUUCCGAUGGAAUAUUUGACUGACAACCAUAGCAAGUUGAUACAUUUUUGCGGGCGAGAAGGAACAAGAAGAGAUAACCAUUAUUUGUUGGUACAGGUGGUGCUGUUUUGUUUACUGUUGUUAAAGGUUAGAUAGGUCACGUUGAUGGUAGUACUGAAGAUGUUUGUAUUGAAGGCAAAGAUGAUGCUUUUGGUUGCGUUGAAUAUUAUGUAUGAUGUGUCUGUGAAGUAGUUGAAACAAUAGUAGGCAACGAUAACGGUAAUGUAGAUGGUAUUUUUGUUUGUGCGGGAGCUGAUGGAUCGAUUAAAUUUGUAAUUGGAACCUUUUUUAAGUUAGGUGGCCCUUUUGUUAUUCUCUGAGUUGCCUUCGUUUUCUUUUUGCCCGUGUUUUUUUCUUUAGAAAAGUCUACAAGUUUCUGAUAUUAGGUCUCUUUCUUUCACAUUGCUUCAUAAAAGGUUUGACCACAAAAAAAUCAGGGUACCGGGUCUCGGGUAUCAGUAUCCAGGGUAUUAGGUCUCCGGUAUCGGUGUCAGGGUAUUGGAUCUCGGGUAUCACAUAAGGUACCGGGUUUCACUUUUUUCAUAUGCCUUCUCAAUGGCUACUUUUAGUCAGGAGACACUGCAUAAUUUUUCUCACCACACAUUGGAAUAGUUAAGUAAGGUGGGAAGAAUAGACCUUUCCCGAAUUUCCUAAUUAUGCAAAACUCAAUUAAAAAGGUUUAUACUAAAAGUGAUUCAUAUCCCCAAGUUCCAAGAAACGAUAGAACAAAUUACCUUAUUUCGUAAAUAUUUUUAUUCGCUAAGUGCCUCAAUUUCGAGCUGAAAGUUACGGUCAAACCCUUCAUAUAGCCGAGCUUCCUAAGGAUAGCCUCAUUUUCAAAAUAAUUAUUUUCUUUAAAUCUAAACAAAAUCUAACUAGAAUAUUAUAUUGCUCUAAAAACUUCAUUUUUGUCAUGAUAAUUUAAUAUUCUAUCUCAAUAUUCUUAUUUGAAGAGCACAGAACCAUGAUAAAAUUUUGGAGGACGUCAUAAUUAUUAUAAUUUAUGAAAUUCGGGAAAAAUGUAUUACGAUUGGUCUCAAAAAUUCUGACCGAGCUUUUUGAUUGGUUAAAUAUCGGGAAAUCUUUUGUUUUAAUCAUGAAAUGACUUCACUCACCUAAACAAAUUUAAUCAAUUCUUGUAUUAUUUAGGAGGGUAACGACCACGCCGGCUUGUACACAUUACUUAAUUUUUGAGGUUUGAUGUAAUGUGGAUUUGAAUUUUAAGGCCGGUUGCCACUCCAAAAACUUUUAAACAAUUACGCAACCUUUGUUGGUCGCGCGAAUUGUGACUAGAAGUUCAAACUUGUUGAACUACCAAGCAAAUAAAAAUGAUUUAAAGGCCAGGGCAAAUCGACACGGAAUUUGGCAAAAAAGCCUUCCCAUUUAGAGCUGCAAAAGUGUGGAAUAAUCUUCCAGACCAAGUGACGUGUGAUGGAAGUCUGCUUUCGUUUAAGAUUUCCAUCUCUAAUGUAUUUGGCAAAUUCUAAUGGAGAUCACUUUUUAACUUUUGUUUUUUAUUCUUUCUUUCUUUUUCAAUUUUCACAGAUUGAACUGAGGCCCCCAGUGGAAACAAUCCACUAACUAUAGGUUUUUGUGAUUUUCUGGGCUAGCCACUAAAUAUUUAUUAUUAUUAUUAUUAUUAUUAUUAUUAUUAUUAUUAUUAUUAUUAUUAUUUAAAGACUAAAGAUUUCCUGGUCAACACCACCGUCAACGUUGAGUUUGUCAAAAAAAGGCCUUUCUAUUCAGAACUGCGAAUGUGUGGAAUAAAUAAUAUUCCAAUCCACUGGGGCACUAGGUGAAGCAAAGCAAAGUUGUUAUCAUUCUACACUUCUUCACACAAAGACAUUCUUAGGACUUUAAAUGUGACUUCAAAUAAAUCAGAAGGCAUAAAAGAAAAGGAUCUAGUAGGAGACAUUUAUUUUUUUGUGUCAGAAUGUUAUUUUUUGUUUUUAUUCUUGAAAAAAGUGGAUUUUCUGUCCUAUAUAGGUUGUUGCAUCAAGCACAAAUAAUUUAAUAUCAAUCUCGCUUUGAAAAUAUCUCGAAAUCUAGUGAAAUCCAAUUUUGGCCAUGGGUGGAUUAUUUUUGGUUUCUUUUGGCUUUAAAUUUCAACAUUUUCCUAAACCAAUGGAAUUUGAGAGUUCAAAAUUCUCAAAACCAGAGUGAAGCCAGUUUGAAGCCACUAGCAUAAGUUCCAGAAUUGUCAAAGCCCAAAGAAACCAAUUUGAAGCUACAUUUAGAAACCCUUGAAAAUUCUUAAAACCAUAAGAAUCCACCUCGAAGCCAGUUCAUACAUUUUUCAAUCUUUUGAAGCCAGAAGAAUCUAAUUUGAAGCCAGUUUAUAUAUUUUCAGAAAUUAUAAAGCCAGAAAUGAACCACAUUGAAGCCACAUCAUUUUUUUUCAUAUCUGGCUUCAAUGUGGAUAAACCGGUUUGAAACCAUAUAAUCCACAUUUGAAGCCAGAACGCAUUACAAGGGCAAUAUACACUUGAUAACAGUUUUACCCCCAACAAUGUUUCUGUGAGAAGAAAUCUACAGGGAAAGACCUCUUCUUCUCUUUUUUCCUGCCACGUAAGAAAAUUUUUUUAUAUAUUUUUCUAAAAAAGAAUAUUCAAAAUCAAAAAAAAUUCUGCACACAUUUUUAAAGCUGCUGUUUGACUUACAAAGCUCAUCUUAAAAUUUUAAAAAGAAACAAAAAUGCUAUCAAAAGUUAGAACUCUCAGGGUGAGGCGCUAGUUUCUAUUUAAUAAUUACGUUAUUUCUGUCUGUAUAAUUUCACAAGCGGGGUACCCUAAAGCUAUAUUCGGCAGAAUUAAUAAAUUAUCCACAACAUUUUAAUAUAAAGGUUACCUGCAAAAAAAAAUUUGAUUGCAUAUAAAAGAGCUUGAAAGGUUGUCUAGGUAUUUGAAUAUUUUUUUAAAAAUUCUUGAUUGGUUCUUUAGAAUUUGGACUAAGAAGAUUCACUAAUUAUGCAGGAAGUCAUAAGCUAGCUCUGCGAGGGUGUUAUAUUUAACAUUUUUGACAAGCCAUAUAGAAUUUUCUGGCCUUUAAUGCGUUUUGAACAUUUUACAUAAAGUUUUUUAUAUUAAAGGUGUAUAUAUAUAUGCCAGUUUAAUUGCUGUUAUAGUUAGUCUGCCAUUUUUGACUUUUCUAUGGCUUUCAUAAUAACUAGUUUUAUUAACUAAUAGUCUGCAUUUCAAAAGCCACCAUUUUUAAAAUAAUAAGAUAUAAAUAUAGGAACCUAUUUUUUAGUAAAUUGAAAGUUUUCUUCAUAUGUCACUCUGGAUACUGUUGUUGUGCAUUGUCCGAUAACAUAUGAUUGUAAAACACCGGCUGAAACUUCCACAAGUGGUGAGGUGUUAAGGAAAUUGGCAUUUAAAUCUUUAUCUUCCAAUGUUGCGGAAUGGCAAAAGUGGACCAGCAGUAGCUUUAAUAAGUUAUAUGACGAUCGUGAGGAUGACAUUGUUUUAAAGUACAAAAAAAACCCACCUAAAGUGAGUGCACAAUGUGCUGGUCCGGCAAACGUAAAUUCAGACAAGUCUGUAUUGUGGUGUAUGUCGGCUACUUUUAAGCUAGAAAAUAUGCAGCCAGAUGGAAACGACAUCAAAUCACCAACAGAUAAUCACCGCUAUAAAACACGACUGGUACUAAAAGCUUCCAAAGAAGAAUGGAAACUUACAUGGAAAAAACUGUGCAAAUCCUUACAAAAUGCAGAGCUGCAUUUUUGCAAUGCAUAUCAUAGGAUGGAUGAAGAAAUAGUCAUAUACCACUAUGGACGCCAUCAAAUGUCAAUCGGUGAAUGGAUAUGGCGUCACGUGAAAUGCAAAUACUCAAAAAUUACACAUCUUAUUGAAGUCUAACGUUUAACAGCAAAGUAAAAGCUUAGUGAUGUUUCAGGAUGGGAAGAGUAUUACGUCCAAAAGGGAUGAGAAGAAAGUGUUUAUUGAUUUGAAAUUGUAUGUGGUGUUGUUACGAGUUUGGUUCGAAUGAUUUUGUCACGGCUGAAAUAAUAUUAGUAUUAUUGUUACGUAGCAAAACAUACUUUAAUUAUUUUGUACAAAUUAGAACGGUUUUAACCUUAUAUUGCUGAUAGCACCACAAGAAGAAAUUUUUGUGGAACUUAUUUUUGCGGAAUUUAUAUUUGCGAUUUUGCAAAAUUAAUUUCACAAAAUGAAGCAAAUGACAAAUUUAAGUUCCAAAAAUUUUUGAAAUUCUUGAGGACAAUAAAAUAUUCCAAUUGCAAACUUUAGUUCUGCGUUUUCUUAGUAAGACCUAUUUUUCGCAAUAAUAGGUUCCGUAAAAGUUCUUUCCAAAGUAAACUUAGGCACGUUAUUUCCAAGUCAUGAUUUGUAUCCUAACCACUUUAUCUCGUAUUGCACUAAAAUUUGUUAUAUUUUUUAAGUGGGAUUCUAAAAUAUAUGAACUGUGAUGUCUUUUA